AUGGGGUCCUUCCUGAUGCAGAAGGCGAUCGAGAAGGAAAACAUCGUCAAGAAUGGAAUCGUCUGCGUCCUAGACUUGCAAGGGGUCGACCUCUCCAUCACAACCAAGUUCGGCAUAGCCGAUGUCAAGCGCGGGAUUCUAAUGUGGAAGGAUGCGUUCCCAUGCAAACUGAAGAAGAUCUAUCUCGUCAACAUGGGAAUCAUCUUGUCCACAAUCGUAGCCAUGGCUAAAUCGAUCCUCAGUUCCAAGAUCCGAGAGCGUGUCGUCCUGGUUGACAAGACUUUCCAGCAACUGCACGCUGACAUCGACAGCUCCAGGUUGCCGCCUUCGCUCGGGGGAAAUUUCGAACUCGACUGGGAGAGUUAUAUACAAUUCUUGCUGAAAGACGAUCAGUUCAACGACAGCUAAGCGAUGGCCUGUACUCUACAUACUUGUCAAGACUUGCUAGACUUAAGUCGCGUUCACAGCCUUGGCAGUGCUGUUGGUGGGGACUGUAACUUUGAAAAGUGUCAAAUAAAGUUUAGGGCUCACUAUC